AUGGCCAACACAGCCACUUCGUCGCCGGAUACCAUAUCCGACAGCGAAUUUCAAGAGUUUUUUGCAAGGUAUCCUGCGCUCAUCGCGGAGAUUUCCGACGCGAAGGGAGCUAAACCCGGCCAGGAAACACUGGCCGGUCUGGAUCAGUAUCGCUAUGGCACGGCUCUGGACACCUUUGGUUCCGGAAACCCGGCCAUGGUCACGGAUCUCGAUCACGUCAAAAGACUUGUUGAGUGGAAACUCCGGCAUGGAAAGUUUCGGCCCACUUUGAUGAAACUAGUAUCAUCAAACGAACCGGGUUUCGUCCGUGACACCAUCCAAAAAGCCGUUGGUCACUUUCGGGACAAGGCCGAUGUUUCCGGUGCCCUCAAUAUCCUGACCCAACUCAAGGGCAUCGGGCCGGCCACCGCAUCGCUCCUCCUCGCGGUACAUGAUCCGAAGCGCGUCGUUUUCUUCGCCGACGAGGCUUUCUACUGGCUGUGCUGCAACGGAUCAAAGGCGCCCAUCAAGUACAACCAAAAGGAGUACACGGAACUGAACAAACGAGCGCAGACAUUGGCCAAACGGCUUGGUGUCAAGGCAGUUGACAUUGAGCGUGUGGCAUUCGUCGUGAUGAGAGGGCCGAAGGACGAAGACACCGGUCCGACGAGUGUGAGUAAACCACCAACCGGAUCAGCGGCCGAGAAGCAGCCGGCGAAGAGAAAGGCUUCGGGUGACGUUCCCGCCGAUGCAGUGCCUACAAGGGGUUGGCCUCUUCCCAUCUUGACGACCAUGGUCGACCCCUUCUCCCGGGCAAAAAGGGUUGAGACACACUCCUUUGCCUAUCCUGGCCCCAUUCAACUUACACCGAGGUUCACUGCUCUCAAGGAGGGCUUGACGUCGAGCAAGGAAUCGGCAGUCAGUGCCUCGUGGCAACGGCUUCUCCGGUGUCUCUCAGAGGAAAUCGAUACAGUAUCAUCCCUGGGAUCCGAAGCCAUACCGACCAUCAGCUUCAAGGAUACCACCAAGCCGGAGCAAGCAAAGGAUUUUCUACGAGAUCUUCGCCAAAGAGGAGUUGGCGUCAUCCGCAACGUGAUCCCCAAAGACGCCGCUCUUGCUUGGAGUCGAGAGGCAGAUGAAUACCUCAAACAGAGCCCGCCCAACAGACCACCAAACCAUCCCCAGUCUCAAGAUGUGUUUUGGAGCCCUGCUCAGGUAAAAGCCCGCGCGCAUCCAAACGUUCUGGCGGCCCAGAAGUUCGCAAUGAGCGUAUGGCAGUCGAAAGACGAGAAUGCCAGGGUCACAACAGGGUUCCCCAUAUCAUACGCUGACCGGAUGGUAUUGCGGAGAGGAUACGGCCUCGAGGACGGCUUUUGCGCACGGGUGGACGGGGGAAGCGUCGAGCGGUGGGAGCCCGACGGAUACGGCCGGGCUGGCACGUACAAGGACAUAUUCCAAGGGCAAUGGGAGGAAUACGAUCCCUGGGAGAGCAGCACCCGCCUAGGCGUAACAAGCGACCUCUACCACAAAGCCGGCGCAUGCUCCAUCUUCCGCAUGUUCCAAGGCUGGCUCGCCCUCGACUCUAUCCCUCCCGGCCCAGGCUCCGUGCAAGUCUGUCCCCACCCGCGGCUCGCCACAGCCUACUUCCUCCUCCGCCCCUUCUUCUCCCCCCAAGAAGGCGACCAACACCACCACCAACAACAACAAGAACAACAACAACAACAACCCUGGACUUUCAACCGCCCCCAAAACAGCAUCCUCCACGGCGCCCUCCCCAGCUACGCCCAGCAAAUCACGCCCUCCCUCCACCCCCACCUGCAGCUCGACCGCAGCAUGCUGCCCGUCCCCCACCUCGAACCAGGCGACUACCUGGUCUGGCACCCGGACCUCAUCCACGCCAUCUCCCCCACGGCCGAAGGCGCGGCCCCCACCAGCCCAACAGCGUACAUGUACCUGCCGGCCUGCCCGCUGACCCAGACCAACGCACUCUACCUCGCGCGGCAGCGCAAGGCGUUCCUGCAGGGGCACGCGGGGCCGGACUUCGACCUGGUCGGCGGCGGGGGCGGGGGCGGCGGGAGUGGCAGCGGCGGUAGUAUCGGCGGUAGGGGUCGCUCCGAGGAGGGCGGAGCCUACGUGGGGGGCCGGCCCGGGGUGGGGGAGGUGAACGAGGCCGGCGGGGAGGCUGGGUUGCGGGCGAUGGGUUUGUUGGCGUGGGAUGAGGAGGAGGCGGAUGAGGAUAAGGAGCGGGAGGUGCUCGCGAUGGCGAACGGGAUUCUGUUUCCGGAUUUGUAUGAUAUGUUGUGA